ACAUAGAAGACCAUUAACCAUGAGGUGCCUAUUGUUACCGUUUUUAGCUUUAUUAUGUGUCUCAGCAGAAGCGGUGAUGUUUUGUGAUGAUAAACCGGAUGGUGUGUAUGAACCAGGAUGUAAAGUAUUUACAAGAUGUACUAAUGGAACAGCAACAGUAGUUGAAUGUGGUAUAGAUGAAGUUUAUAAUCCACUUAUUGAAGAUUGUGAUGAUCCCAAGAAUGUGGCGCCACCUUGUGGUCAUAUAAUUGAUUGUUCACUUACACCCGACGGACAUUAUGCCGAUAUCGGUUUGGGUUGUCAUUCAUACUACACUUGCAAUGGUGGGGUCUUCCUUGGACAUAAUUUCUGUCCGGUUGGUUUGGUGUACAACGAGGAAGUAGGUGUUUGUGAUUGGGAACAUAAUGUUUAUGAACCAUGUGGAAUAUUACCCAGACCAUGA